AAAGGACGAAUGCAAUAGGUGGAGUUUAAAGAGGGGUAGGGCUACUCAUUCGGUAGCAAAUGCUGGUAACCCGUCGCAAGGUCAAGAUCAGUCGGCUAAUCCUUUUCAGUCAACCAAGGGCCUUGCACCUUGGAGUCACAAAAUACUUUGUGAAUCGUAUUGAUAAAUAAGUACACCGAAUUAUUACCAAGAUAAUUAUUUCAAAUAAAGUGCGUUUAGUGAUCGUUCAAAAAAUUUAGCAAUUAUGAUUUAAUGAAUCUUUCUAAUGAAGUUUUAUUCAAAAAAUCUAAACCAUGGAAACUUGCGUGUUGAUACCGAAGGAAUUUUCACUAGCAUUAGCAACUGAUCAUAAUACUUGUCCUGAACUCUUUAAAAAUGAUUCUAGAUCAUUUACAGCUGAUGUCAGAAUUUCAGUAUGGUCUAAUGUCUUUAUACCAUCCGGAACACUAAUUUAUCCUUUUCAAGGAUCUAUCAGAUUCGACAAAAUUGAUCUCUACUCCCUUCUCGACGAUAAUGAUAUCAGACGCGAAUACGGUUGUUACGAUGAAGUAUCAUUUUCAAACUAUAAUCUUAACAAACGCCAAUGCAAUUGGAUCCGAUUUUUACGUAUUGUACAAAGUUAUAAUGAUCAAGUUAAUCUUAUUGGUACUAAAGUUAAGGGUGAUCCAAUAUUUGAAGUUAUUAAAGACGUUGAACCGGAUUCAGAGCUUAUUGCAUGGUUCUUACCAGCAUCUCAUGAAGACCUCGUCUUUAUAUCGCGUGACUUCUGCUCGCGUUCUGCAAUCUACAGGUGCACUAUCGACUCGAUUCUUGCCGAUUCACCUUUAGAUCUUUCAAAAACAUUACUGUCACAUCAAUCAUCCCCAAUCACAACUUCAUACUAUGAACCAGAUGAAUAUGAGUCAACAUCUGAAGAAUCAUCUUCAUCUACUUUAUCAAUGACUAGUGAUCAUCUAGACUGCAGUAUUUUAACAACAAUAAAAAGGGGAGAGCGUGUCCUUCUUCCUUGUGAGGUCUGUGGCAAGUCAUUUGAUCGACCAUCUUUACUGAAACGUCAUAUGAGAACUCAUACUGGAGAGAAACCGCACAUUUGCAUGGUCUGCAACAAAGGAUUUUCCACUUCAAGUUCACUUAAUACUCACAAACGAAUUCAUAGUGGCGAAAAACCCCAUCAAUGCCUUGUAUGUGGAAAAAAAUUCACUGCCUCAUCUAAUCUGUACUACCAUCGGAUGACUCAUAUCAAGGUGAAGCUUCAACUAAGAGUAAUAUCCGUUACUCCUACAUCACAAGAAAAACCGCACAAAUGUUCCCAAUGUUCCAAAUCAUUUCCAACACCAGGUGACUUAAAAAGCCAUAUGUAUGUUCACAAUGGGCUUUGGCCUUUCAGGUGUCAUAUUUGCAAUCGUGGAUUCAGUAAGCCAACGAAUCUCAAAAACCACAUGCUUCUACACCUUGGAAGAUGCUCAAAUAAAAAAUUUAUUAAGGCUGAUUUAUAAAUGUACUAUAAUAUUGAAUGAAGUAGAAUUUUUUAAAUUUAUUAAGUAGUUUGUGACCCUUUUUUAUUUAAUUUUAAGUAGUCUAAUUUAUACGAUUUUAUUUUUAUAUUCAUCAAGUUUUUAAAAUUAUGAAAUAGAAAAAUAAUAGUCCUUAUUUUUUUUAUAGUUUUUACAUAUAUUAUUUGAAUAUAUAUGGGCCACUUUCUACCAAUUCAACGAUUUUAAUGUUUCAGUUUUUUGUAUGUAUUGAAAACAAUUUAUAUAAUACAUUUUAGCAUUUAUAAAAAUUGUUUUUAAAAAAAUUUGAUAGCAUUUUUACUACUUUUAGCCGAAAUUAGUUUCCUCAUCAAGAAACAUUAAAUUUAGUUCCAAAAAGGAUACAUCAUUUGAGGUUUUGGUUAUAAUUUUUUUCAAAAACUAUAUUUUCAGCCAAAAGAGAUCAAUAGAAUAAUAACAAUACCAUCAGUCUUCUCAGAGUUAUACAAAUCGAAGAAUUUUUUUUUAAAUUUUUACCUCCAAAGCUUCUAUACAGUAGAAUCUGAAAAUUUACGCUAAAGCUCCUUUCAAUAUGUAUAAAAAUAUUUGAAAAAAUGAGAAAUAUUAAUUAAUCAAAAAACACUGAGAGAAAAAAUGCAUACAUUCAAGAACAAAUGCUUGAUUUGAGUAUUUUAGUUACUUGAAUUGUGCCAAGCAAUUAUUUUCUUGAAUGAAAAAAAUGAUAAGUUUAUUCAAGUAUUUUAUUUACUCGCUUGAUACUAAGAAAAAAAGUUGAUUUCCCUAACGGACCCAAAUUACAGUGAAUUACGGUAAACCCACCGUAAAAUACCGAUUUACCGUAAAUUACGGUGGAUUUACCGUAAUUUACGGUGGAUUUACCGUAAUUUACGGUGGUUUUACCGUAAUUUGCGGUGGCUUUCCCGUAAUUUACGGUGAAUUUACCGUAAAAUACGGAAAUACGGUAAUCCACCGUAAAUUACGGUAAUUCGGUAAUCCACCCGAAUUUUUUUAUGGUAGAUUUAUCGUAUUCGACGGUAAAUUUACGGUAUACCCGCCGUAAUUUACGAUAAUCCACCGUAAAGUACCGAUUUACCGUAAAUUACGGUGGAUUUACCGCAAUUUACGGUGGAUUUACCACAAUUUACGGCGAAUUUACCGUAAUUUACGGUAAAUCUACUCGAAUUUUACGGUAUUCUACGGUAGAUUAACGGUAAAAAUACCGUAAAUUUACGGUAACUCAGGUCUGCUGGGGUUUGUCCAAAAAAUAUUAUUAGAGAUGCCUUUUUAUCAUCUAAUGCUGUUCAUAUUAGUUUUGUAUCUUAACAAAUAUUUUUUAAUAUUAAUAAAUAAUUUUACCCUGUCUACACGGAAAAACGAAUAAUGGAAAAAAUAAAUGUACAUCCAAGACUUAUUACAGUUUUAAAUGUCAGCAAAGUCUCUCUACUUUAAAACUGGGAAAAAUUACAUUAUUUCUGAGAUGUAGCAAUUAUCAGAGUUUCACUAUUAUUAGAGUUUCAUUUAUGAGCGUUUUACUCAAGCAACAGGGUUUAAAAAUUACAGUUUGAAAUGUGAUAAUGGUCAUUCUUAAAAUGUUAUACAAUAUUGAGUUUUUACAAAAUUUUAUGAAACUUCAUAAAAUUUCAAAUAAGUUCAUAGAGAUUUUAAAAAUUUAGUUAAAAUCCACCAUACAAAAACUUAUAAACUCCGUCUUUUCCGGCAUUUAACUCUAAAAUCAUCAAUUAAGCACUAAGCUCCAACUUUGGUGAUGUGGACCAGUGAGCAGCGUUCAGGACUAUCAGCCAAGAGUAGCCGAGUUCGAGCCCAGUAGAGGCCCAGGUUUUUGUUCAUAAUUUUACAUUAUUAAAUCGUGUUUCUAAAUUUGUAAUGCGUGUCGCGUGGUAAUAAUCAAAUCAAAAAUUGAAUAUUUCAUUUUUUUUUUUUCAAAAAUAUUUUUUCCGGACUGAUAAUUUUGACAUCACCCAGAAGUCAUAUUGACGUCAUAAAUGUUAUA